AUGUCUUUAGAUUUAUUAAGACAAUGUAAAAAUUUAAAGAUUUUAAAACUUGAAUUCGUUAAAUAUAAUGGUAGUAAGGAAUUAUAUAGAUUAUUAGGUCAAAUUAAAUUCUUAAAAUUGAAAAAUCUUAGCUUAAAAUUAAUUGAUUAUGAAACAUCAUACGAUGCACAAUAUAAUUUUGGUCCUACAAUAGAAGAAUUUUAUGAGAUUUUCAAAACUAAUGGCCUUAAUUUGAAUAUCCUAAAAUUAGAAAUAAACUUUGAGAAAUAUUCAGAAGCUUUAAGUAUUAUAGGAAAAAAUUGUAAAAAUUUAAAAGAAGUGGAAGUAAUUGGAAAUUAUGAUGUUAAGGAUUUGCUGAUAUUUUUAAAUCAACCUUUAAAUCUUAAAAAAUUAAGUUUAGGUAGUAGUGACAUUGAUCCAAUAGAAAUAUUGUUACAAAUUCCAAAUUUAAUUGCAAUUAAAAAAUUAUCCUAUUUUUAUACAAAUUGGGUAUUCUAUACAUCUGAAAUUUUAAAUAUUUUAAACAAUUGGGAAGCUCCAUGUUUAGAAUUUAGUUAUUGGUGUGCUGAAAAUUUGUUAGAAUUACAUGAAAAAAUGUUUAUAAAUUAUUAUCAAGAAAGAAUUAAUAGAAACUUAAAUGAAGAUAAAAUAAAGAAAAUGAAUUUUAUGAUUAAGAGUAUUGUUUAUUGGGAUUUACGAAGAUUAUGUUUAGUAGUAGUUAAAUUUAUAUAA